UAAUUUUUUGUUUCACUUUAAAAGUUUAAAUUAUACUGCAUCUUAACCAUGAGUGACAAUCUAGGUGACUUGGAAUAUAUACUGCCUCGGAUUACUACUGAUGAUUUACGGGAAUUGAACUUGGAUUUAAAUUCAUGGUCUGAUAGCAAUCAGACUGAACUUCCAUUUCUGGCCAUACCACCUGAUUCAGAUCCAGCACAGCGGGAUAUUAAAACUGAGCCGUCUAGUCACUCCUCUGCAGAAUAUGAUGGUUUUUCUACCAUGGCGCUACAGAAUAUGAAUUCAGCUGCCAUUCAACAUUCAGUACAAACUGUUCCCAGUAACAAGGACUUUGCUGGGGAUUACAACUUUGAUCUCAAAGUAGCAUGUAGCAAACUUGGACAACAAAAACCUCAAGUUACUUACUCUCAAAAACUGAAUAAGGCUUUUAUCAACAUGGGACAUACACUGCCAAUAGAUUUUUUUUGGAACCCUAUGAUCCCUGGAUUGUUUGUAAGAGCAACAAUGCUGUAUUCUAGCCCUCAUGAUGCUCCGAAUCUGGUUAUGAGAUGUAAAAAUCAUAAGACUAUGAAAUCAAGCGAUAAUUUAGAUGAUUUCAAUAAUUCUGAUCAUGUUUUGUUGUGCAAGUCAGUGGGAGCUCAGUACUUUGGUUCAGUUGAUUCUAAUACACAUUUGAAUGUGACAGUGCCGUUAGGCAAUGUGCAGACAGGUGAUUGUUCUGUGAGAGUAUUAUAUGAAUUUGCUUGCAAGCAUUCUUGCGUCAGUGGCAUGAAUCGACGCAGUGUUGAGUGCGUUUUUACCUUAGAGAAUUUGGAGUAA